CCAGACAUUAUAUAAGUGCUUCAAGUCCUACGGUUCAGCAUCACAGAGUCCUAUAACCUUCGCUCUUGAGAUGGCCUCGAAAAGUUUUUCGAUGUUCUUGCUCUCUUUGGCUCUUGUGCUCCUCUGCUUAGGCACAGCAGCAGCACAAGGCCUGCAGCUUGGGUUCUACAGCAAGACAUGUCCUAAUGUCGAACUUAUUGUUCGCCAGGAGAUGGCUCGGGUCAUUUCAGUUGCUCCAAGUCUUGCUGGUCCUCUACUAAGGAUGCAUUUCCAUGAUUGUUUUGUAAGGGGAUGUGAUGGCUCAGUUCUACUGAACUCUACUCAGAACAAUGUAGCUGAGAAAGAUGCACCUCCAAAUCAAAGCCUUCGAGGUUUCGGGGUGAUUGACCGUAUUAAGGCUAGAUUGGAGAAAGCUUGUCCCAAUACAGUCUCCUGUGCCGACAUCAUUGCACUGGUUGCUAGGGAUGCAGUGCUCUUGACCAAAGGACCAUUCUGGCCGGUCCCGACAGGCCGAAGAGAUGGCAGCGUAUCAAUUGCCCAGGAGACCAGGCAACUUCCAACUGCCAAUUCCACCAUUUCUUCGCUGAUAUCAUCUUUUGCAUCCAAGGGUCUCAGUGUCAAAGACCUAGUAGUUCUAUCAGGUGGGCACACACUGGGGACCUCGCAUUGCACAGCCUUUCAAAAGCGCAUAAGCAACUACACUGGCAGGGGUGACACAGACCCCAAUCUUGAUAGCAACUACAUACCAAAGUUGAGGGCCAAGUGCGCACCCAAUGAUAACACGACCCUUGUGGAGAUGGAUCCAGGGAGCUUCAGAACAUUUGACACAAGCUACUACAGCCUUGUGUCCAAGAGGAGAGGGCUCUUCGAGUCGGAUGCUGCUCUUCUUCAAAACAGCCAGACCAGAGCCUAUGUUCUACGCCAAGCUGGUGGUGCCUUUGCAUCAGAGUUCUUCAAAGACUUUGGAGACUCCAUGAUUAACAUGGGUAACAUCCAAGUUCUUACGGGCGCACAGGGUGAGAUCAGGAAGACGUGUGCUUUUGUUAACUAG